AUUUUCACACUCUCUCUCUAAACUCCCCCCUUUUCCAAUCUAGGGUUUCAAAAUCAAUUUCUGAUUUCACAGAAAUUGAUAGAAAGGAGAAGAACGAAUCUGAUUUAAGAUACUGAGAUUUCAGAGAAUCACACAGAAAUGGAACCUAGACGGAGUAAAAGAGAGCCGAAGCCAGUACUGAAACAGGAAGAGAUAGAAAGGGCGGAGGAACUAAUAAACGACGGUCUUAAACGAAAAAGAAAAGGGAAGAUGAAGAUGGAGGAGGGAUCAACGUCAGCACAAGGUAAUAAGAGGCAGAGGACUUGUAGUACAGGAGGAAAGAAGAAGAAAGAGGAGAUUGUGGAGAUGAUAGCAGAAGAAACCGAGUUUUGUAAGCUCAUGGGAGAACCGGUACCGGAAGAGGAGGCCAGGACUAGAUGGCCGGACAGAUAUGAUGAAGAGUUGAUUGCGAAAAAGCUUGCUGAAAAGAAAAUUGAUGAAGAAGUUCUGAUGGUUGAGAGUCAUUAUUUGUCAGCUGAGGUAGAUGAGAUUACUUACAACCUAUAUGAAAACGCACUUGUGAAGAGCGACAAGGAGGAAACUCCCUACAUAUGCAGAAUUGUGGAGUUCUUUCGUACGAAAGAAGGUCAUGUAUACUUCACAGCUCAGUGGUUCUAUAGGCCGUCUGACACCGUUAUGGGUGCUGGUCCUAAACAGUCUGAUCUUAUACGACAGAAAUGUGUAUUCUUUUCCGAUGUAAAGAACGAUAACCCCUUGGAGUGCCUGGUUGGGAAGGCAAACAUAGCAAUAAUUCCUCAAAAUGUAGAGCUAGCAACAAAGGAGGAAAUAAUUGCCAGUUCUGAUUACUAUACUGAUAUGUUUUACAAGUUACCUUACUGUGGAUUCAUCAGCAUUCCUCCUGGGUACACUGCAGAAGCAACAAGUGAUGGGAGAGAUGCCUCUUCAGGACUUUCAUCUGAUAUUGAUAGUGCAACAGGUGGGGGAAAGAUGGGCAGCAACAGCUCAAUUACACUUGGACAGUCAUCGAAGACUGAGCUAUCAUUGUUAGACCUUUAUGCUGGUUGUGGAGCUAUGUCCACAGGCCUUUGUCUUGGGGCCAAAGUGGGUGAUGUAAACCUUGUGACACGGUGGGCACUUGAUCUAAAUGAAAGUGCUUGCCAAAGUCUUUCAUUAAACCACCCAGAGACGAAGGUUACUAAUGAUUGUGGAGAGAAUUUUCUCUCUUUGCUCCGUGAAUGGGAAAAGUUGUGUCAGCAGUAUUCUCUAGUGGGAGGAGCAUCCAGCGAUUAUGUUGAAGAUGAUUCUGAACAUAGGAAAGAUAGUGAGGUGCUUUCACCGGACGAGCUGGAGGUGGAUGAAAUAAUUGGUAUCAGUUUCGGGGACCCAACUGAGCUUGCAAAAGCUAAGAAAUCAAAAGGCAAGGGGUCUAAGAAGGGUGUUACAAUUCCCAAAGGAACUGAACUCUACUUUAAGGUACACUGGAAGGGGUUCGAUUCUAGCGAAGAUACUUGGGAACCUCGUAGAAAUUUGAGCAAUUGUGAACAGAAGAUCCGCAAGUUUGUGACUACAGGGUAUCAGUCAAAUUUUUUGCCCCUUCCUGGAGAUGUUGAUGUCAUCUGUGGCGGCCCCCCAUGCCAGGGCAUAAGUGGAUUUAAUCAACACCGAAAUGUAGAGAAUCCAUUGGCUGAUGAGAAGAAUUAUCAGAUGGUGGUUUAUUUAGAUAUUAUUGAAUUCUUGAAGCCGUCGUACAUUUUAAUGGAAAACGUUGUGGACCUCCUGCAAUUCUCUCAAGGAUUUCUUGCCCGAUACGCGUUGAGCCGUUUAGUUUCCAUGGGUUAUCAAGCGAGAUUAGGGAUAAUGGCCGCAGGGUCAUUCGGGCUUCCACAGUUUCGGCAGCGAGUUUUCUUAUGGGGUGCGCAAGUUGGAAAGAAGCUUCCACCAUAUCCACUACCAACACAUGAGUGCGUUGUUAGAUAUGGUGUUCCAACUGAGUUCGAAAGGUGCCUUGUUGCUUAUGAUGAAAGUGUAACCCUUGAUCAUCUGAAGAAACCUUUGUUUCUUGUUGAUGCACUUAGAGACCUUCCAGGGGUUGAAAAUGGUGAGAACCGCGAUACAAUGGAUUACGUAUUGGUUCCUGAAAAUGAUUUUCAACGGUAUAUCCGGAUGAGUAGAACAGGGGAAGGAUUGAAUGCAAGUCUCUAUGACCAUAUUCCUUUGGAACUGAACCCGUAUGAUUAUCAACGGGUGUGUAGAGUACCAAGAGAAAAGGGGGCCUUCUUUUUCCAUCUUGGUGGAGUCAUUAAGGGUGCAGAUGAUAAGUGGCAUUGGGAUCCAAAUAGACCACGCGAAUAUUUGGCUCCCGGGAAACCUCUGGUCCCAGAUUAUGCAUUGACUUUCAACGGUGGAAAGUCAGACAAACCCUUCGCGCGCUUAUGGUGGGAUGAAACAGUGUCUACGGUGGUGACCCGAGCGGAGCCACAUAACCAGGCCAUGAUUCAUCCAAUUCAAGACAGAGUACUAUCAGUCCGAGAAAACGCACGUCUUCAGGGAUUCUUCGACUACUAUCAACUUUGUGGAGAAGUGAGAGAAAAAUAUACGCAAGUAGGGAAUGCAGUGGCAAUCCCAGUUGCCAAAGCCCUGGGGUAUGCUUUGUCACUUGCUGUAAGAAGUCUUUGCGAUGAUGGACCAUUAAUCGAGCUGCCUGACAAUUUCACUUUCAUUAUUCAACCAAUUCGUAGAGCCUGAAAACAGGGCAGUUGAAGAGCAUUGAUGAAGGUGUCCCAAAAGUAGUUUAGCUAAAGAAUACAGUUGAAACCCAUAACUUCCAAGUAAAUAAUUCCUCAAGAUUUGAUUAUAUUCUCGUAAAGUAACAAGCGGCGUGGCGCCCAGAGUUCCAGUUUCCAGCAAUGUGAAGUGGAUCACACUCGAUACAUUUUUCCAAUUGAUACUAUUUUGUUACGCCGUAAGUCCCAGAUUCAUUGGGCCAUUCUUGAUUCUUUACUCUUCUUAGUUUUCAGGAUUUUGAUAUCAAACUAUGUCAGUUACUCCUUUUUUUUGAAACUAUGUCAGUUACUC